CCCUGCACAAACGUUAGGGUAGCGAUUCGCAGACAGCGAAGAAUUUUAAGGUUUAAGCAGGGUUUUUGCUGAUGGUGGGAAACCAUUGAGAUUUGGGGAUCCAUGAAAAGAGAAUUUAAUUAGCGAGAGAAUGCGGGAAGGGGGAUUCAGGUUGUUGUCUCGAUCUCUCGGCCGAGGCUUCUGCACAUCAUCUACUGAUAAGAUCGUCGCUGCCGUGUUGUUCGAGCGAUUGCCGGUGGUCAUUCCGAAGAUCGACCCUGUCAUUUACGCAUUUCAGGAGUAUUCGUUCCGGUGGCGGCAGCAAUAUCGACGGAGAUAUCCGGAUGGGGUCCUAACGAAGUCUGAUGCUAGAAAAAGGAAAGGGAAUUCGAUGGUAAACCAACCAGUCAUUUAACAGGGUAAGGGUUGCCUUCGGAUAUCGAUAUAGGGAAUCGUGUUUUGAGUUGGAGCGUCAAGAAUGGAGGAAUCCAGAAAUUCCUUCUAGCAUAAUCGGGUUCUGGUAGAUGAAGAACCUGUGGAAAAUUUGGUGCAUAAUUGGAGGGGAAAAGGGGACUACCACAUUGAUUAUGUUCCAGCUCCAUGUGUCACUGAAGCUGACAAGACAAAUGAUAGAAGGGGAAGCGUGGCAUUGAGAAACAGCCUUUUCAACUUCCUGAUUUCAUUGCUGCCACUGGAAUUGAAAAACUAAGACAGGCUUACAUUGAAAAGGAGGAUAACAAGAAGUUGAAACAGAAGCAACGUGAACGUAUGCAACCAAAGAUGGGGAAAAUGGAUAUUGAUUAUCAGGUGAAACUAAGAGAGAUGAAGCCAGGAAUGCUGUCUCAGGAGCUAAAGGAAGCUCUUGGCAUGCCAGAGGGUGCCCCUCAUCUAUGGCUUAUCAAUAUGCAGAGGUAUGGUCCUCCACCAUCUUAUCCAUAUCUUAAAAUUCCUGGCUUGAAUGCUCCCAUCCCUCCUGGUGCUAGCUUUGGUUAUCAUCCUGGAGGUUGGGGUAAACCUCCUUUUGAUGAAUAUGGGUGUCCUUUAUAUGGAGAUGUCUUUGGGGUCCAACAACAUGAACAGCCUAAUUAUGAGGUAUUUUCUUUUACCUUUUCUUCUUUCACUUGUAUUAUGUUGUUUUAUGGAUGGAAGAUAGUGACGCAAAAAGUCAAGAUCUUGGUGUGGCAUUUUUAACUCAAAUUCGUACCACCCCUAUUUUUUAAAUUUAUCUGAGAUACCACCCUAAAAAAUAAAAAAUGGCAAACAUACCCCUAAAGUCUAACACCGUUAAUUUACAAAUACAAUUUACCUUUUUGACCCUUAAACAAAAUACAAAUAAAGUAGGAGCCUGAUCAUUU